AUGGCCGGCGACUCAAUGCUCCUCGACGACGACGAGGACUACGCGUCCGACCAGGACUCGGACUUUGCGCCGGACGACGGUGAUGAUGCUGCGCACGGCGGCGGUGCCGAUCAGGAUGGUGGUUCGAGCGACGACGACGACGACAGCGACGACAGCAAUGAUGGCGAUGGUAAUGGCACGGGCAGUGACUCAAAACCCGCCCUUGGGAGCUUGCAAGACACUGCUGCUACCGCGGCCGCCGCCGCAGCGGCCGCGACCACAAGCUCAUCAGCAGGAGCAGCAGCAGCGAAGGGUCGAAAGCGCGAGCACGGUCAAGACAAUGACGACGGCUUUGAGAACUCUGGCGACGAGGCGAUCAUACAAAAGGGCCAGAAGAAGCUGAGCAGGAACAAGAAGAAGAAGAAUAAGACCCAGCGCGGCGGGGACCAGGGGGACGAAGACGACGAAGACGAAGAUGAGGGAGGAGUGGAGGGCGGGCUGAUCAAGACGCGCAGCAUGCGCGCCGCGGAAAAGGCGGAGCGCCGGGACCGCGGAGUCGUCCCGUCGGGACCCGUCACGAUCAACGUCGACGAUCUGUGGGCGCAGAUGAGCGCCGGGUCGGUGCUGCCGGGCAAGGAGAGCGGGCAUGAUCGCGUCUCUGGGGCUGUGGCGGCGGACAGCAGCAGCAGUGCGGCAGGAGCUGAUAAGGAGAACCAGGAGCCUGGCACGGGGUCCGCGGACGGAGACGUGGACAUGACCACGGGAGACAAGACGAAGAGCAAAAUGCAGACGAGCGCUGGCGGUGGGAGCGACGCGCUCGCCAUGAUCAAGAUCAAGCGCACAUACAACUUUGCCGGCAAGGUGCACACCGAGGAGAAGCUCGUGGCGCGCGACUCGGCCGAGGCCAAGCUGUACAUUGCCUCGCUGGACCCAAAGUCGGCCGAGUACAUAGCCCUCACGACGAGCACUUCUGCCUCUGAUGGAGACAAUGGCGCCGCGGCCAAUGCGGACGAGGAGGCCUCGCUGCGAAGACCGCGCAAGGCGUUCCGCUCCAUCUUUGAGCCCGUCAUCGCGGACCCGUCAAGCUUGCAGAGGUCCGACCUGAACCUGGGCCUCAGCGCGACGCUGCAGCUCCGCGAGGCCGCGUUCCGCCAGGGCAAGGCCAAGAAGCUCAACGUCGUGGAGAAGAGCCGUAUGGACUGGGCCGGCUUCGUCGACAAGGAGGGCAUCAAGGACGAGCUGGAGCUCGCGGGCCGGUCCAAGGAGUCGUAUGCGCACCGCCAGGACUUCCUCAGCCGUGUUGAGGCGAACCGCGAGGACGAGGCGAGGAGAGCGAGGCUUGCGGGGAGGGGGUGA